AUGUGCACGGGAAAGUGCGCCCGCUUCGUGGGGCUCUCCCUCAUCCCCCUCUCCCUGAUCUGCAUUGUGGCCAACGCCCUCCUGCUAGUGCCCAACGGUCAGAUCACCUGGACCAAGGACCACCUCAGCUUGCAAGUCUGGCUCAUGGCUGGCUUCAUCGGCGGGGGCCUGAUGGUACUGUGUCCAGGAAUUUCCGCCGUCCGGGCAGGGGGCAAAGGCUGUUGUGGUGCAGGCUGCUGUGGGAAUCGCUGCAGGAUGCUGCGAUCGGUCUUCUGCUCGGCGUUCGGGAUGCUUGGUGCCAUCUACUGCCUCUCGGUAUCAGGAGCCGGGCUCCGAAUUGGACCGCGAUGCUUAAUGCACGGCUCCUGGGACUACCACUUCCAACACACCGCAGGCUCCUAUCUGCUCAACCGCACUCAGUGGAGCUCGUGCGCGGAGCCGCCACGUGUGGUCUGUUGGAACGUGACACUCUUCUCGCUGCUGGUGGCCGCCUCGUGCCUGGAGAUUUUGCUGUGUGGGGUGCAGCUGGUGAACGCGUCCAUUGGUGUCUUCUGCGGCGAUUGUCGGAAGAAGGAGGGCGCCCCUCACUGAGGCUCCACGGACCUGGUCCGUCGCUCCUGGACACCCGCCUGGCCCGCCCCCGCCCUGG